GCUCAACCUUAAAAAUGAAGAAAUGAAUUAGCAAAUUAACUAAAAUACUUGAGGGUUUUAUUACAAACUAUUGGUUCCGCUAUAAAAAUUUAAUUGUAGUUAUUUAAUAGUGUGUAGGUAUAUAAUUUAAUUUUGACGCUAUGGGUGUACGUAAUAAGAAAUAUUGUUCAUUUCAGAUGCCCGAAAAUGAAGAACAGUGGCUAUGCGAAUCCAAGAAAUUUGAAGAGAAGUGGGACUUCCCCCAUGCUGUUGGAGCCAUCGACGGAAAGCAUGUAGCAAUACAAUGUCCGCCCAAAAGCGGGAGCGAAUACUUCAACUACAAGUCCUUUUUCAGUUUUGUAUUAUUUGCGCUUGUCGACGCUGAUUAUAACUUCAUGUUUGUGGAUGUUGGAUGUCAAGGCAGGAUUUCAGAUGGUGGAGUUUUCAAAAAUUCUCAGUUGUACGACAAUAUUGAAAAGGGCAACUUGAAACUUCCCCCACCAUCUCCACUGCCGAAUUCGAGUAUCCCCAGCCCGUACGUCAUUUUGGGGGACGAUGCUUUUGCAUUGAGUGACAGUUUGAUGAAACCGUACUCUGGUUAUCAUCCACAAGGGUCCCCAGAAAGAAUUUACAAUUACCGAUUGAGCCGGGCCAGAAGGGUGGUAGAGAAUGCUUUUGGCAUUUUAGCUUCUGUGUUUCGUGUGCUAAGGAAACCUUUGCUUUUGGAAACUGAGAACGCCAAGUGGGUUGUAAUGGCCUGCGUUUACCUCCACAAUUUUCUACGUAGAAGUGCAAGUUCGUCACGUCUAUAUUGCCCAGUGGGUGCUUUGGAUACCGAGGAAAAUGGAGAGGUUACACCUGGUACCUGGAGAAAUGAGGUGGCUCCGGCAUCCCUUCUUGGUUUGAAAAAAGUACCCAGGAGAUCAAAUUCUACUGCUAAAGAUAUCCGCGAGGCCUUUGCAACAUACUUCAUGACAAAUGGAGCCGUAUCAUGGCAAAACGAUUACGCAUGAUAGCAUUCUGAUUGCGCCUAAACCUCAAGUUAUCAACACUGAAGAUAGCCCUAAGGAUAGUUAUAGUA